CGGAAGCGCAGUAUUGUUGUCGUCAAUGCCACGUCGUGUUUGGUAAGGAGCAGGCACCGCAAAGCCACCACAGCGCCACCAUGAGGCAGCUCAAGGGAAAACCCAAGAAGGAGACAUCGAAGGACAAGAAGGAGCGGAAGCAGGCGAUGCAGGAGGCCCGGCAGCAGAUCGCCACCGUGGUCCUGCCCACUUUAGCUGUGGUGGUACUGCUAAUCGUAGUGUUCGUGUACGUCGCCACGAGACCCGGUGCCGUGGAGUAAAAAAACAAUGCGGAACUCAUGAAAAGUACUUUUCCAAAGAACUGACAACCGUCCAACUCCAACAUGGAUUUAAACCUGUUGUCUUAAAAGCGCUCUACGAAUUACUGCUUUGAGAAGUCUACCAAAUGGCGGAUUUUGUUCCUCGUUGCCUUAAAUCCAUCUGCCGUCUUCAGUCGCCAGUACAAGCAGCGUGCACUUUGCUCGGAUCGGGGAUCUUACCAAAAGGAUGCAGUUUUUUAAAUAUCUUCACCAAAGGAUUUGUGAUUUGCCAAGGAUGAACUGGACUAUGUGAUUAUCGGGAUGUCGUCAUGUCAAUGUUGAGUGCUUGUAUAUGGUAAUUAAAGAUGCACUGUGCAGCUUUUGUAGUGGAGGGUCCGUCACCUGCUGGUCUUCGUGGAAAUGUCAUCGCUUUGUCUGGAAUGUUCCAUGUCCAUCUAACAUUUAAUUGCUCUUCUCAGAUCUGAACUGUAAUCUAGCAUAGUGCUGUAACCUGCUUCUCUUCCUCACCAUAAAUAGGUUUAAUCUAUACUGUGGAACAUUCUAGACAAAGCCGGUGUCCGAUACUCCACUAGAAAAGUUGCGCAGUGCAGCUUUAAUCAGGUGCAACGUUGUGACUAUCAGCCCAUUGUAAAGCCUAAAAUGCACUGUAAGCAAUUUGAGCGACCACUUUUCUUCUUUUUCUUCUUCUUCUUCUUCUUCUUAAUGUGUUGCCAUAGCAGUUAAAUAUUUUUUCAUCGCGUGAUAUCCCUUUGGAGUUUGCACAUUAACCAAGCAGAACCAGAAAACAAAAUAUUAGAUUUGAAUGAUGAAAAGUCCUUGAAAUGUCGCCAUAACAGGAAGCUGAAGUCAUAAUUAUUGGCCACAGCAGAACAGAAACAAUCCACAAGAGCUGGAUUAAAUCAGAACUAAACCAGGACUAAACCAGGGUAUAAACUAGGGAUGUAACAAUAACCAAAAUAUUGUGACAUCAUAUCGUCAGAAGUCUCAGAAUAAUAUGGAGAGCUGUAACAAAAUAUCAAAAUAUAAGUUCCUUUGCUUAAAUGCAUUGUUCUUUAGUAGAAACAGCGAAUAAACAUAGGGAACUACGUGUCCCAUGAUGCAUUUCAGCGCAGGCAGCACGAAGAAAUAUGUUUUUUAAUUGAAUUCUUGGGAUUCUGAGAGUAAUAAUUCACACCAAAAUCUUAUCAAGGUAUUUUAAAAGCAAAAAAGUGUCCUAUCUAGAAUUCUAUUUUCCACUCCAAAAUAUCGCAGUAAAUCGUUAUCGUACUGAGAGAUUUGGAUAUCGUUACAUCCCUAAUGUGAACAGAUCAACCCAGAACUAAACCAGGUCUGACAGUAUCACCCAGUCUAGCGUCACAGUUUUCAUUUUUUACUUUUACUUUACCUUGAUUUAUUGCGGGCUUUAAACUGUUUUACCAAAAAGAUGCAAUGAGGUAAAAUGUCAGUAGAAUGGGCAUAGACAGUAUCAACUUAGACAAAUAUGAAAGACGUUUCCCCAUCACAGCUAAAAAUGUGGUUUCUUGUUUCGAUACUAACUUGUCAAACUUGGAUUUUAAUUAUAAAAGCUCUAUUUUAGACAAUAUUGUAGGGCUGAACGAUCUUUUGUUUUGGACCAAAAAUCUCGAUCUCAAACAACACGAUUUUGGGAGCCUCAAAGCUGCAGUUUUAUCCAGUUCCUAAAGCCCAAUUUUAAGAGCGAAGUUUAGUUCUGCUAAGUUUAGUUCUUUACUCAACGCACACUGCUGCUGUCCCCUUGUUGUUGUCAUUUUUGAUUUGUGGAUCUGCGUCGAGGUCUAUGCGUCGCGAAGUAAUUCACCACCACAACACUAGGGGGCGAAGAUUUAAACCUGAGAAUGAACCAUCUCCAAAAAUAGAAGCACAGAACAGACUCCCCAUCAGCAGCACAUCCUCUAUCACAAAAAAGAACACUUAUAUUUCACUGAGUCGUGUCCUUUAGUCUGACAAAAGCUGAACCACAUCGGAGCACAAGGAUCAAGCUGUUUUUUUUUUUAGAGCUUACAGUUUAUGAAAAAGUGCCAUGUGGUUUUAAGUUUUGCUUCUGUAAAACGUAAACAAAUGUGCUUCAGAUUAUCGGUGCAAGACUCUGGUGUGAUGAAAGUUUCUGUGAUGUCUGCAAACGUUCAUGUGCACUAAAACUUGAUUUGAAAAAAAUUAUGAAUGAAAUCAAAAUCGCAAUAUCUGCCAGAAAAAUUGCAAUUCAAUUUUUUCUUAAAAUCGUUCAGCCCUACAAUAUUAUAUAAUUUUCAACACAAAAUAAUAGUGUUUGUUUAUUAUCCCAUGUGGUCUUACUCUAGUUCUAAUGCAACUCUAGAAGGAACUGUUCAGGAAAGGCCAAAUUUGAUCCGGUUAUGCCAGUUUCUUUUUUUGUUUCAGUAUCAAUACCUGCUCAAAUGAGUAUCUACUUUCGAUAUUAGUUUUCAUAUCGGGUAGUAUCUGCUUUUCGAUACUUCUGACAACCCUGUUCUUCAUUGAGCUCCAACCAAACUUGACGGUUGACUCGAUUUUAGACAAUCUUUAUCUCCAAGUAUGAUCCAACCAAAAUGCCCUACUUGCUUGUCGCCAUGGAGAUUUUACAGUUUUUGCCUUGAUUAUCCCGCAGUAUGGAAAUAAACUUGGAGACAGAUUAACGGUCAGAUUGAUGGAGAAGCAAGCCCGCACGUGAUUCAAGGUGUUUCUGAGCUAUAAAACACUAAUUAAAGAAAAGAAAGUGAAAUAUAUGUUUAAUUCUGUAACAUCUCCAUGGAGAAACACAAAGAAGUUACGCAGUGCAACUUUUAAGAUAAACAGCUCUAUAUUUUACCCAAUGUCGUAUCUUUAAAAACGUCAGGGUCCUUUUUACGACUAUCAGAUAUUGAAUAAUUGAUCCAUAAUUACAAAUGAGUGCAUUAUUAUUAUUAUUUAGGUAGUAGGGAUGUAACAAUAACCGAAAUAUCGUGAUAUCGUAUCGUCAAAAGUCUCAAUAAAAACAUAAAGAAACACAAACACAAAAAAACAGAAGGAACUACAUAGACCAUGAUCCUUUGCUCUGUUUCAGUCCAGACUACAAGAAGAAAUAACAGUUCUAAGCACUUUUAAAGCUUAGUUCUUUGGGUCAUUUAAAAAGUGAAAAAGCUGCAUAUUCAUAGUUUUGUUUACAUCCACGAAAUAACUAUCGUACCGUGACAUGCAUGAUAUCGUGAAAAUAUCGUAUCGCGAGAUUUGGAUAUCGUUACAUCCCUAUAAGGUACUGUAGUCAUAUUUUGGUAUGGAAAGUGCAUGAUAUUUGUGUUACUGACUUGAGGGAAAAAAAUGUAUUUGUAGUAACUGCAUGAGGCCAGAAAGAGGCGCUGUUCACCAUGAAAAAGUCACAGCAGAUUCUAUAAACUAGACCUAUAUGUAUGUCAUUUUUUAUAUAUUUUAUGAAACAAAAACGUACUGUAUUUCGCUCUGGUCACAUUUGGCGGUGUGAACGGUGUGAGCGGUCGGUGUGUGGCCUUUAUCUGAAUUGUAUUAAGUCUUAUUUUUUACUAUGCAAAAGUGUAUCGGAUGUACGCCACUAGAAAAAAUGCAAAAAAAGCAGGCGGAGGUGGAUUGUUGAACACUAGGUGGAGCUGUUCCCAAAGUAUUUUCUGAAUGUCGGAAUGCCAUUGAUUGAACUCCAGUGUAAAGUCCACGGGGCGUUGUGUUUCCUCUAUUAAGUUAUUGACACACACGCAGUCAUGUGUUGUCGUGUUGCGUUGCAUUGUGGGACUGUGCAGAUGUGAAGGUGCCUUAAUAAUCAAAUCACAACUGUUAAAAUAAAUAAAGACAUUUUACUGGAAUUGAACAACAUUCAUCAAUGAUCAUGACCAUUUAAAGGGUUUGUAUUACAUGUUUUUUUGUUUUAUGUGAUACUGUUUCCUCAUCACAAACAGAUCUGGAGUUGUGUUUUGUUUCAUUCGCUCACUUCUUCGAGUUCUUCUCUCUGACAAAAAACACGCUUUUUCUACCUUGUGAUGUCAUGUAA